AGUUCGGAGCCAAUGAAAGUGCUCGUGGAGGAAUGUUAGUCACGCUUGUACUUGGAUCGCGUUAAAGGGCAAACUGCGGUUGGUGUGCGCGCGUUUUAAACUCAAAUGGCGGUUCCCGCGUUAGGGUAGAAGGGAAACGGAGCGGUCGACUUCCACUCCUGGCGGCUUCCGUAGUUCUCUGUGACGUCAUCCCGGCGGUUAGCGCUCCAAGCUAGCGGGUACCCUAAGCUUUCGUUCUUCUGCGUCCAAUUUCAGUUGUCAAGUGCAGCCAUGGAAAUAGGAAAAGAAAUCAGCAAGAAAAUAAGAGCUGCGAUCAAGGGCAAGCUGCAAGAGCUCGGCGCCUACAUCGACGAGGAACUCCCGGACUACAUCAUGGUGAUGGUGGCCAACAAGAAAACGUCCCAGCAGAUGGCGGACGACCUCUCGCUUUUCCUGGGAAACAACACGGUCAAGUUCACAGCCUGGCUGCACGGCGUCCUGGACAAGUUAAGAACAGUGGCAGCGGAGCCGGCGUCCGUCAGCGCGCCCGCCGCGAGGCCAGAGGAGCUCAAGUCGGACCAUCGCUCCGAUAGGCUGGAAUCGCGCGGCAGGAGGGCCGGCGCCGAUCCGGACUCGCCCCGCCUGACGUCGGCCGUCAAGCCGCUCGCGGAGCUCCCGCCGUCCGAGGCGGUCAUCGACAUCAAGCCGGAGAUGGACGACGACUUCGGCGAGGACCCCGCCGAGUCGGCCGCCGCCCCCAGGGGGGGGCGCGCCGCCGGUCGGCCGUCGGUGGAGCUCUACAGGGCGGGCCAGGGCAGGCAUCGAGACGGCGGGAGCGGCAGAACCUCCAGGGGCGGCUCCUUCAAGGAGGAGUUGUCACGGAAACGCAAGGCGACGGCGAUGAGCUCGGUCGUGCGAGUGAACCGCGACUCGGAAAGCGACGACAGCGAGGAGGAGGAGGAGGAGGACGAGGACGCCGGCUACGCGGGCCGAGGCCUGUCCAGCCGGGUGUCGCUGCCGUCCAAACCGGAACGAAAGCCGUCCCUCCCGCCGGCCAAGCAGGCCAACAGGAAUCUGAUCCUGAAGGCCAUCUCCGAGGCGCAGGACUCCAUCCACAGGACCACCGCCUUCCCCAUAGCCCCCCAGAGGCGGACGGUUCCCGUGGCCCCGCGAGCCCGAGCCGACCAGAUGACGGCCGCCGUCCAGCUGGUGCGCCGGCACCUGCGCGGCGAGGCCCCCGGGGCGCCCGAAGAGCGACCCGAAGGCGUUCUCGCUCCCGUCGGAUCGGCGCCUUCUCACGCGCCGUCGGACUUCCCGCGGCGCGACGGCGGAGACAAGAAUGACGACGCGAGCGGCGCCGGCGCCACCAAGGAGUCGGACACGCGUUCCUUCAUCGUCAGUCGCCCGCAGCCGGACGGCAAGCGGAGGGACGAGCCGGCUUUGGCGCGCACCGUGCAGCCCGGCAAGGAGAAGGAGCUGACGUCCAGCCCCAAGUUCAUCGUGACGCUGGAGGGCGUCCCGAGCCCGCUGGGGAACCUGACGGAGUCGGACGCGGAGCUGGACGACGUCAGGCCGCCGCCCUCCAGAUCCAAAGUCGGCGUCCUUCAGAGGCCGCGAGGAGCGGAGACGUUGGACGAGGACUCGGCGCCUUCCAAGAAGCAGAAAGUGACGGAGCGCUGCAAGUUCUGGCCGGUGUGCAAGAGCGGAGACGACUGCGCCUAUCAUCACCCGACCAGAACCUGCAAGACGUUCCCCGCGUGCAAGUUCGGCGACCGAUGCCUUUUCAUCCACCCCAACUGCAAAUACGACGGCAGGUGCGGCAGGCCCGACUGCCCGUACACCCACGUCAGCCGCAGAGGCACGUCAGCCGCGGCCCCCCCCGCCCGGCCAGCGGCGCCAGCGGCCCAACCGGUCAGGGUCAGCGCGUGCCGCUUCUUCCCGCAGUGCAAGAAGACCGAUUGCCCUUUUUAUCAUCCCAAGCCGUGUCACUUCGCCGGCCAGUGUAACCGAGACGGCUGCACUUUUUUCCACCCGGGCGCGUCCGUGCCUCCCAGGCACGCCCUGAAGUGGACCAAGACUCAGAGCAGCUAAUGAGGCCUCAACUUCGCUUUUCGACCAGCGCAGACGUCCCGUCGAGACUUUUGAUGAGUUGUAUUUGGUGUUAGGUUUUUUUUUUUUUUUUUUUUUUUUUUUUAUUAUUGUUGUUCCUCUCCUUCAUUUGUGGAGUUGUGAGCAUCAUUUUUAAAAGAAGAGUUUAGUAAAGUUGUCAAUAAAUAUUAAAAUACUGCAAUGCCUGUCCCAAAACGGAAC